CCAUGCACUUGCCCACAAACGAAAUGUCAAGUUAUUUAAUUUAAAUUAUAUGUAAAUGCAUAUAUAUUGGCUGUAAUUAAUCAGUUAAUAUUGAAAGUAAGUUAAUAAAUAAUUAUUUCACCAUGAAUAAAGUUCUGUUACUUGAAAAUGCAUGCAAAAGUGCUUUGCAAAAUUUGAGGUUAUCUCACAGAAAAUUUUGUGAUAAUAAAGGUAAUGACUCAAAAGAAAAAUUAAAAUCCUUACUACAAGCUAUGUUAGACGAAGCACCCAAAAAACCUGAAAUGGAACUAUUCGCUAAAGCUACUCCCAGAGUAUUUAAAAAGAAAGACAUAAAAGAAAAAACCAAAGCCUUACCUGAAGAUUUGACAACUGAAAUUGUAAAGGCUACUAAAGAAGUCGCAAAGCAUGUAGGUGGUGAUGUACAACACACCGAAUCAGAAUUACUAGCAAAACUAUUACUCCACAAACAUCAAGAAGAAACCACAAUGACAAAUCUAACAGACCUAAUCGUAGGCAUGAAGAUAGACAGAACUAAAAAGCAAGAAAUCCCCACAACUCGUGCCCAAUACGUCCAAAAAACCCUCAACAACAAACAAGUCAAACAAUACAAAGACAAACGUUCCACCAGAAAACACACACCACGUGCAGGCAACCGUGUAGAACUAUUCGGUGGUGUUGGUUUAAACAUAUUCCAAAAAGAUGCACAAUACAAUUGUGAAAAUUUAUUAUACACAACUGAAGCACUUACUCAACGGGAAUUAAAACUAGCAGUGAUGCAACCACCUGAAAACUAUUUCCAAAAGAUGAUUUUGUGGACGGAGCAAGGAAAGUUGUGGAAGUUUCCUAUUGAUAAUGAACAAGGUUUGGAGGAGCAUGGUGUUUGUUUUACAGAGCAUGUGUUUAUGGAUAAACAUUUGGAGGGAUGGUGUCCGGAGAAAGGACCGGUUAGACAUUUUAUGGAAUUGGUUUGUGUCGGUUUGUCAAAGAAUCCUUAUUUGACAGUGCAGGAGAAGAUUAAUCACAUCGAGUGGUUUAGGGAAUACUUCAACAAUAAAAUGGAUUUGCUGAAGGAAGUUGGAGCUUUUCCAAGUAGUAGUGUGAAACAGGAGACUAUAAGAGAAUUAGAAUGA